AUGUCAAAUUUCGAUCAGUUUCACUUGGACUUUUACCACUCCAAUUAUACCAUAGAUGACCAGGAAGAAGGUUACAACAGUUAUGGGUCUAAGGAAAACCUCGGUGGAAGCAGAAAGAGCCAGACAGGAGACCAACCUCCAGCCAGUACUUUUGCCCCAUCGGAAAUGCUUCUGUCCUCUCAGAGCUACACGGGUCAGAUUUUGCAGCCCACAUACAGUCCCGACCCUCAUCUUGGUUACACUGAUGGAUUUGAUGAAGAACCUCCUUUGCUAGAAGAACUCGGGAUCAAUUUUGAGCAUAUAUGGCAAAAAACGUUAACAGUUCUAAAUCCAAUGAAGCCUGCAGAUGGCAGCAUUAUGAAUGAGACAGACCUCACCGGACCUAUGGUUUUCUGUUUGGCCCUUGGAGCAACGUUGCUGCUGGCAGGAAAAGUUCAUUUUGGCUAUGUGUAUGGCAUGAGCACCAUCGGAUGCCUCGCUAUGCAUGCCCUACUGAACUUGAUGAGCGUCCCGGGAGUCUCGCAUGGCUGCGUUGCAAGUGUCUUGGGCUAUUGCCUGCUGCCCAUGGUGAUCCUCUCCUCUUCUGCAGUCAUCUUUUCGCUACAGGGGAUCCUGGGAACUUUGUUAGCUCUGUUUAUUAUUGGAUGGUGCAGUUUCUCAGCCUCCAAAAUUUUCACCUCUGCAUUGGCUAUGGAAGGACAGCAGCUUCUUAUUGCGUACCCAUGUGCUUUACUAUAUGGACUUUUUGCACUUCUAACGGUUUUCUGA